UCACCUCCAAAUCAUAUCAGCAAGCAAUGACUCGUUCCUCCUCGGAAGCUGUCAUUCCCUGUCUUCAUUGCUAGCUAGUGCUGUGAGAUCAAUUCAAGCCCAUCAGGUUCUCCUCCUUAGGAACUUCGGCCCCCUGUCAUCUGCGCAAGCCGUUCUUAUCCCGUGGUCGACGCAAUGGCGGUCAGAGCGCUGCAAUCCUCCGUGCACUCAGCUGGUUUUCCCACUGCUCGAGCCCACAACAACCUUUCCAACUCUCUCUCUACCAAAUCCCUCCAUCUCGAGUCAAAGCAGCCGACCGCUACCUUGGGUCGUCGCGUGCAAUCGCGCCCGUCUCGUCGGCAUGGACUCGCGGUCGCAUCGCAGGGCCCAUCAGCAGCCGAUUCGUCACCAUCGCAUCAAGCGACACCGCAACGAACAGCGGCAGCGAAUUCAUCAGCGCAGGGCGCUCACGGCAAGCUCGCUGGAGCUGCGCAAUGGCUGCGGAAGGCGGCAGCGGGAGCCGUUGUCGGAGCAGCGACUGCGGCGGUGCUGCUAAUGGGGAUCCCCGCGCCGUCAGGCGCGGAGACCGUAGUAAGCGGCGCGGCGGAGGAGUUGGAGAUGAGCGGCGCGGCGGUGGGCGAGGUGCAAGAGGACGGCGUCCUCACUCUCAUCCUACCGCGACCGCUCGUCACCGGGGUGGCGGCGGCGCAGCGCACGAUGGUGGAGUCGUGGGGGAUCGUGCGCGAGGCGUUCGUGGACCCCACCUUCAACCACCAGGACUGGGAGGACCGCCUCGCCGCCGCCAUCGGCGGAAGCCUGACGGCGGAGAGCGCGGACGAGGCGUACGCGCUGGUCGACGACAUGCUGGCGUCGCUGGGCGACCCGUUCACUCGCCUGGUGUCGCCCGGCGACUACGACAGCUUCCGCGUGAGCAGCGACGGCAGCCUCGACGGCGUGGGGCUGCUGCUCGCCUCCGACACCCAAGACGGCCGCCUGCUGGUGCUGUCGCCCAUCGAGGGUGGCCCCGCGGACCGGGCGGGCAUCCACUCGGGCGACGAGGUCGUCGCCGUCGACCACUCCCCUCUCACGGGCAUGAGCGGGCAGGAGGCGGCGAACCUGCUGCGAGGCAAAGCGGGCACAGCAGUCACGCUCACCGUGCGCCCUGCUAGCGCUGACGUGGACGGUGCUGAUUUGCUAAGGGACACGACGGACAUCGUACUACGGAGGGAGCCCAUCGUGAUGUCGCCGGUGUACGCCACGGUGCUGCCGCACCAGACGGACCAGGGCGUCGCCAGCACCACGGGGUACAUCCGCCUCGCGUCCUUCUCCCAGAACGCGGCGGACGACAUGGAGCGCGCCAUAGAGCGGCUGGAGGGGCAGGGCGUGGCGAACUACAUUUUGGAUCUGCGCAACAACCCCGGCGGGCUCGUGCGAUCGGGACUGGAGGUGGCGCGCAUGUGGCUGGGCACGGGCGCCACGCUCGUCAACACCGUCGACCGCAGUGGCGCCGUCGAGGCCAUUGCGCUGCGCAACAGCCGCGCGCUCACAGACCGCCCGCUGGCCGUGCUCGUCAACCAUGGCAGUGCGAGCGCGAGUGAGAUCGUGGCGGGCGCGCUGCACGACAACGGGCGCGCGAUGCUGGUGGGCGACACGACAUACGGCAAGGGGCGCAUCCAGACGGUGUUUGAGCUCACGGACGGGUCGGCGCUGUUUGUGACGGUGGCCAAGUACUUGUCGCCCGCGCUGCACGACAUCGACCAGGUGGGCAUCGCGCCUGACCUUGCCUGCUCCAUCCCCACGCUCCAGCCCCUCCCUGCCUCCGCCUCUGCUGUGCCGGGCGCACUCACCACCCCCCUGCCAGGCAUUGCAGUGGAGAGCAUGGGGGGGCAGCAGGAGGCAGCGCUGCCGGCGGGAGGAGCGGUGGGUAAGCUGGCGGUGGUGGUGGACGAGGAGGUGUUCGGGGGCGAGCUGCAGCGCGACAGUUGCGUGCUCACCGCUGAGAGACAGCUCGACAGGCGCGGGUGAACUGAGAGGGCUGCCUGCCGGCCUUGUACAAAAUAGCGGUGGCUCCUAACCUAUCCCAUCCCAUAGUGCAUUUGUGUAGAUCAUGGGUUCCCUUGUUUGCCUUGUGUUGCUUGUGCUUGUGUGCUGUGUUUUGUGUGCUUUGUGAAUAGCUGCGAGCAUAGAUGUAGGGUUCGUGUACAGGUUGUCCACUGGUUAUUGAUUGUAUUGUAUGCUGUACAGAGCCAAUGAAUUAUUAUUCAGCAUUGUCAUCCAUGUGUUGAACGAGA